AUGACGGAUAGCGACAUAGCAAGAAUUUUAGAGUUUGAUGGCAAUGAUUCUACCGUUGAAGGCCUUUCUGACGAUGACUUCGAAGGCAGUCAAGAUCUUGAACCACGCCUGGAAGAGCUGGAGGAUGAAGGUUCAAACGACGACUCGAGCGAUGAUGACGUACCAUUGGCUGCUGUUGCUGCUCGUCAGACUUCAAGUCGUCGACUAUAUUUCAAGCAUGAAAAUGAUUUCACUCCAUAUCCACCAGGCAUGUACUGUCAACCUUUAGCUGCAGGUCGCGUUAAUUUGUUACAAGAACCAAUUGAAUAUUUUUUGAGAUAUAUUCCUGAAGUAAUGUUUGAAAUAAUAAGUAAUUAUUCAAACCAGACAUACUUAUUGAAGAAAGGUCAAAAUCUGAACACAACUAAGGAAGAAAUUAAAUUGUUUUUUGGCAUAUCUAUAGCUAUGAGUUAUUUGGGCUUGCCAAGGAUUAAAAUGUAUUGGGCAAACAGGACAAGGGUUGCAAUGAUAGCAGACCGCAUGACUAGAGACCGUUAUUUUAAAAUUCGGACAAAUUUGAAACUUGUAAAUGAUCUUGAGGUGGAUGAAGCAUCCAAGCAAAAUAAAUUCUGGAAAGUUAACCCUUUGAUCAAAACUGUGAGAAAAGCUUGCCUAGAAACUCCCAGAUCUCAACAUAUUAGUGUAGAUGAGCAGAUGAUACCCUUUUGGGGUCAAGUAUCAAUGCGGCAGUUUAAAAAACUUCGUGGCAAAGGAGAUACAAUACUCACAACCAAUGAAGCUGAAGGUCUUGAUAUUGGCGGAAAAGUUGUGCUGAAGUUAUCUGAAACUUUGCCUGAAGGAGUUAAGUUAUACAUGGACAGAUACUUUACAUCAUUGGAUUUACUGGACAAAUUACGUUCAAAGAAGAUGCAGGCAACAGGUACUCUUAGAAAGGCAAACAUACCUAAAAACUGCAAUUUCAAAACUGACAAUGAGUUGAGAAAACAAGGACGUGGUUCUUCGGAUCAACUCGUUCGCAGUGACGGUAAUGUGGCAUGUCUAAAGUGGUUUGAUAACAAACCAGUAAUAAUGGCAUCAUCUGUUGAUUCCAAAGAACCCAUCAACAAAUGCAGAUGUUGGUGUAAAAAAACUAAACAGUAUAUCCAAAUUGACAGACCAUUUGCAAUAGAGCAAUAUAAUACCAUGAUGGGCGGUGUAGAUAUGUUGGACAGGGUCAUCAGUUUUUACAGAAUUAGAGCACGUUCCAAAAAAUGGACUGUUCGUCUGAUUUUCCACUUCUUUGACUUUGCGGCAGCUGCUGGAUGGCUUAUAUACAGGAAUGAAGCUAAAUUGUUAGAAUGCCCUAAAAAAAACAUUUUGGACUACUUGGAGUUCAAAGUGCAAAUUGCAAAUUCAUUACUUUAUUUUACACCAGCGAGGGAACAGAUACACAUAAUUCAUGAAGUAGAUUCAGACAACUCAACAGAAGAAGCACAACCUUGGAGCCGUAAAAGAAAAUGUAUACCUCAACCGCCAGUUCAACUGAGGACAGCCAUGGCUGGUCAUUUGCCAUUGAUUGAUGAACAAAAUGACAAUCACAGAUGCCGAAUGCCAGGAUGUAAAAGCAAGAAAGCUAGAGUGUUUUGCUCUACUUGUAACAUGCAUUUAUGCCUUGUAGUAGGACGAAAUUGCUACAAACGCUAUCAUGAAUCUGUCUAA